GGGACGCGCAUUUAUCCCGGCUGUGCAGAGAAACUUUGGUGAACUUGUCCCAUAAAAGCCUGGAGAUCAAACAGGCUGCGUGUAGGUUUGAUGAUUUACUUCUAGUUGGAAAAGACCAUGAGAUCAGCUCUCUUGGUUUAUUCUUUACUACUUUGCGGCUGAUUUUUUCUAUUCGUAUUGGAGCGAAUCUGAUUUCUCGGGAACGCGCCGCUCCUCGUGUUUAAAAUCACCACAACACUUCAAAGUUCACACACGUUUGGGUUCCACCUGUUGCGUUGUAGUGUUGUCUCAGGACGUGGAGAGGAGAGGAUCAGAGCUGAGGAACUGAGGAGCAACACAGUGAACCGACUGCAAACUCCUGACUGCUGGCGCACAGACCUCAGUCUUUACCUCUCUGUUUACCUCUCUGUUUACCUCACUGCAGCUAAACAACAACAAGCGCCCGGAAAAACGGAUCACAACAAAGAAGUCCCAUCUAGACCUUCCCAGGAGUAUCAUUUCACUUUUUCUGAUACUUUGUGUAAGAGCUUCUGGAGCUUGGAGAAAGUUUUGGAAAGCGGCGCACGGACCACGACGCACUUUCUGUUCCUCCUGCGACCGACAAACAACAGGAAGGCAGCGAUAAUCGACCGAUUCAGCUCCAGCUCGUGAAGAAACUCAUGAGGUGAAGCUCUGCUUCAGGGUAACGAGUGCAGUUAAAGCUCUGGUUUUCUGAUCGGAGCUUAGGAGACCAAAUCCACCAGAUCAAGACGCUCAAGACUCAACUCAGAUCGACCGGAUUAGGAGACUCCGUGUUUUUUGGGCCGCAGAGCGCACAGAGGAGAGAUGGAUGUCGGAAUGAGGCAGACGCACAGCGCCUCGGCAGGAGUCCACCUACUGCUGGCACUCACAAUGAUCGCCUGUAACUCUCACCUUCUGGUGCAGGCCAACUCGUGGUGGUCUUUGGCCAUGAACCCUAUCCAGAGACCAGAAAUGUACAUCAUAGGCGCACAGCCUCUUUGCAGCCAGCUUACAGGUCUGUCUCAGGGCCAGAGGAAGCUGUGCCAGCUCUACCAGGACCAUAUGGUGUACAUCGGCGAAGGCGCAAUGACGGGCAUCAAGGAGUGCCAAUAUCAGUUCAGACAGAGGAGGUGGAACUGCAGCACGGUGGACAACACGUCUGUAUUCGGCCGCGUCAUGCACAUAGGCAGCAGGGAAGCAGCGUUCACAUAUUCUAUCAGCGCUGCCGGUGUGGUAAACGCUGUGAGUCGAGCAUGCAGGGAAGGCGAGCUCUCGACGUGCGGAUGCAGCCGAGCCUCUCGACCCAAAGAGCUGCCGAGAGACUGGCUGUGGGGCGGCUGUGGGGACAACGUCAACUACGGAUACCGCUUCGCUCGGGAGUUUGUGGACGCACGAGAGCGUGAGAAGAACUAUGCCAAGGGCUCCAUAGAUCACGCACGCACACUGAUGAACCUGCAGAACAACGAGGCUGGACGAAUGGCGGUGUACAAUCUGGCCAAUGUGGCGUGUAAGUGCCACGGCGUCUCCGGUUCCUGUAGUCUAAAGACGUGCUGGUUACAGCUGGCAGACUUCCGGCGUGUAGGUGAGUUCCUGAAGGAGAAGUACGACAGCGCUACGGCCAUGCGCAUCAACCGGCGCGGCAAGCUGGAGCAAGUGAACCAGCGCUUCAACGUUCCCACCACCGAGGAUCUGGUGUACAUCGACCCGAGCCCAGAUUACUGUCUGCGCAACGAGAGCACAGGCUCGCUGGGAACGCACGGCCGUCUCUGCAACAAGACCUCGGAGGGCAUGGACGGCUGCGAGCUGAUGUGCUGCGGCCGCGGAUACGACCAGUUCAAGACCUACAAGCACGAGCGCUGCCACUGCAAGUUCCACUGGUGCUGCUACGUCAAGUGCAAGCGUUGCACGUCGCUCGUCGACCAGUUCGUCUGCAAGUAACCGAGGCGCUCGUUAGAGACACGCUGAGCAAUUAGCAGGCGAGAUGGGGGACGGACCUUCUGGAGCACAGAAGGAGUAAAAUGUACUCAAACAAAGCUAAAUAAAAAAAUCCAAAGAAAUGUUUAAAUAUAGGUAUUAAUUAAGUGUGGUGGAUGGUGAUUGUUUUUCCAAACGCUUUCACUCAAGAGGAAUAGACGAGGUAUGAUGUCAGGGGGGGUUUUGCUUUCCCUUUGGUAGAGUCUCAUGAGUACGAAACUCUCUACAGAAGCAGAUUUAUCACGCUAGUAAUCCAGUAAUCCAGCAUGCUGCUCCGCCUACUCGUCUCUCACGGACGCUCUCUAAACCUCCCCUGCGACAGAGCUCUUAAACUCCUCGGGUCAGCCCCCUGACCUCGAACCAUGGACUUUGGAUGAUGUCGUGUGUGAUGACCUGUGAAACUUAUGUUGCUAGAUCAAGCAUUUAUAGUCACCAAAACCUCUGACCUUACCCUGAUGAUUUAAAAUCACCGCCAGACUCUCGAAAAGCUUUCAGCUCGCUUCACUGUGAACUCUUGUGACGCUCAGAGCUCUCUCUGCCCGUGAUGGUCUUCUCUCUCAGCGUCACCUCGAGGAAUUUCAUCUCCUCCAACGAUCUCGAACGGCUCAAAACACCGAGCCGCAUAUUCAGAUUUUAAAUAAAAAGCAAAGGAGGAAAAAAAAUGGGGCUUUAUGGUGAGGACUGCAAAGUAAUAUUUUAGCCAAACAACAGUGGUUCAGAUUAUAUUUUAUUAAUUGCUUGUUAUGUUAAACAUCGUAUGUAUUGUUCUGAUUAUUAUUUUUUGAUACAGAGGCUUCUACUGUCGAGUUUUUAUUUUAGCAGGGGCAAUGUGACUUGCCACAGAGGAUGAUUUUUUUUUUUUAGUAAAACGGCCUUUUUGUCGGUCGGCGAGUGAACGCAAAAUUUGUAAAUAAAAGUCAAUGUAUGCAAAUUACAUGCCAUGAUUUACAACAUCCACGAUUUUAUAUGUUAAUCCAGAUCGUUUGCUGGCUAUCGACCAUAUGCUUGUUGUCUGUAUGUAUUUUCUCCCCAUCAUUCAAACCAGUAAUAUUAAAAAUAUUAAUAGAGA